AUGGCAAACAAGAAAGAGAAAAAGCAGGCGAAAGAUGAGAAAGUCCAACGCCGCAGAGAGAGCCGUGCCAAACGACGUGGAUCGUCGUCAUCUGAUGAUGAUUCCUCACGCUCGUCUACGGUCAACGGUGCGGUCACCGACGUGACUCAGUGGGACCAAGAGAUAGACCGUCCUCUGAGAGGUAACGUCGACAAGAUAGUCGCUCUUCGUGAAACUUUCCAGAAUCUGUCAGAUUUUGUGGGGGUUUUGUCUCAUCUCAAGCUCAAUGCCGCCAAUGCCGCCGAUGUGUUCAGACCCGAGAUUGAGCUCAAAGCUGAAAAUGAAAGACUGCAACGUACAUUGACUGAGAUACAAAAGGCCGUGGAAACACAGAGGAUACAGGAACUUGAACAAAAAUGUCAAAGUCUAGAGGAUAAUCGAGUGAAAUUGCAGCAACUUCAGCAGGAGGCAGAGGAAGCACGACAACAACUCGACGCAGACAGACAUGCCAUUACUAUUCAAAGGCAGGAGAUGAAGAAUGAGUUGGAGGAAAAGAAAAAGGAACUCCGAUCUGAUUUUUUGAAUCAAUUAGACAAGGAGAAGAGAACCCAUCUGAAGGUUCUUUCUUUGAGCCAAGACUCCGAGAAUAAACUCAAACGACUUAAUGAAAAGCUCAAGGCCGACCAAACCGAAGCAGAGAAGCGAGCAAAGGAUCUCGGAGAAGGCAACGAGACACUGAUGGCGACAAUUAGAGCGCUUCGCUCGGAACUAGAUAAGGAGAAGUCAAGAUUUUCGAUCCAGAGUAAAGGCAUCGAUUACUACCGGGCAGAAUUCACAAAAUUGAACCGCAAGCUGGAGAAGCUCGUCUAUGAUUUCAUCACAGGUCCCCUGAAUGAUGAGCAGAUACGAGCCGUAGAAGCAGACGGUCUGGAAGAACAAGAGAUUUUCAAGUUCGUCCCGACGAGAGACUCCGAUGUGGCUCGAUAUCUAUGGAGACGCGGAGCGCAGGCCUGUAUUACAAAGCAGCUAUGCGAUCGUCUUUGGAAAUCCUACCCUUGUGACUCCGUGCCAGGCCUCGCGGAUCCAGAGAGUUUGAAGAUUGUCUUUGAUACAUUUUCUCAAAAAUACGCCUCAGUCAAUCCCGAGAAGGAAAGUAUGUGGAGGAUUAUGACCCGUGAGAUCUUGGAGAGUUUUUCUACACAGCCGGCAUCAACGCAGAAUCCUUACGAAGAUAUCGUGCUCAGUAUAAGCAGAAUGCUUCGUCCUAUUAUUCAUCCAUCCAAGACAAAGACGUUCGAAUCGAGACUGACCGAAAUAGUCGCAAACGCAACGGUCCUAUGGUCUGCUGCACAAAAGGAUACGUGCAGGAUCUGGGUGUCUGUCAACCCGCCCAACGACGCCGAUGGCGACGGGCAAUGGGAAGCAGGAUCCUUGAAAGGCAUUGAACCCGUUCAGAUCCAAGGGGACAUCUCUAUCAAACACGCUCGUUUCCUUUGUCUGUUUCCCCUCGUCGUAGUGAUGGGUGGUUCCGGAGAUGAAAUUGUCUGUUCGGGACAGGCUCUGUUCUCUGAUUGCGUGGCAUUCGCCCUUGGCCAUCACGAAAAGCAGGAAUCCGCCAGGCUACUUGCUGAGCAGCAGAGGGAAUUGCGAUAUAACCACCGCAAGAACAGUAUGAACUCUCAUUCAACCAUUCCCGCCCAGAGUCGUGCCCAAGAUUUGCCCGGUGGUUGUCCUGAACCAUGA